CCUUGUGACCGGACACCAGACGACAGACCUGGUGACCGGACCCCAGACGACAGACCUGGUGACCGGACACCAGACGACAGACCUGGUGACCGGACACCAGACGACAGACCUCGUGACCGGAGGUCACGAGCAGCUGCAGGAUAUCCCAGAUGAGAGCCCUGGCGCCCAGCAGCUGCAGGAUAUCCCAGAUGAGAGCCCUGGCGGCCAGCAGCUGCAGGAUAUCCCAGAUGAGAGCCCUUGUGGCCAGCAGCUGCAGGAUAUCCCAGAUGAGAGCCCUGGCGCCCAGCAGCUGCAGGAUAUCCCAGAUGAGAGCCCUGGCGCCCAGCAGCUGCAGGAUAUCCCAGAUGAGAGCCCUGGCGCCCAGCAGCUGCUGGAUAUCCCAGAUGAGAGCCCUGGCGGCCAGCAGCUGCUGGAUAUCCCAGAUGAGAGCCCUGGCGCCCAGCAGCUGCUGGAUAUCCCAGAUGAGAGCCCUGGCGCCCAGCAGCUGCUGGAUAUCCCAGAUGAGAGCCCUGGCGGCCAGCAGCUGCUGGAUAUCCCAGAUGAGAGCCCUGGCGCCCAGCAGCUGCUGGAUAUCCCAGAUGAGAGCCCUGGCGCCCAGCAGCUGCUGGAUAUCCCAGAUGAGAGCCCUGGCGGCCAGCAGCUGCUGGAUAUCCCAGAUGAGAGCCCUGGCGGCCAGCAGCUGCUGGAUAUCCCAGAUGAGAGCCCUGGCGCCCAGCAGCUGCUGGAUAUCCCAGAUGAGAGCCCUGGCGCCCAGCAGCUGCUGGAUAUCCCAGAUGAGAGCCCUGGCGGCCAGCAGCUGCAGGAUAUCCCAGAUGAGAGCCCUGGCGGCCAGCAGCUGCAGGAUAUCCCAGAUGAGAGCCCUGGCGCCCAGCAGCUGCAGGAUAUCCCAGAUGAGAGCCCUGGCGCCCAGCAGCUGCAGGAUAUCCCAGAUAAGAGCCCUGGCGGCCAGCAGCUGCUGGAUAUCCCAGAUGAGAGCCCUGGCGGCCAGCAGCUGCUGGAUAUCCCAGAUGAGAGCCCUGGCGGCCAGCAGCUGCUGGAUAUCCCAGAUGAGAGCCCUGGCGGCCAGCAGCUGCAGGAUAUCCCAGAUGAGAGCCCUGGCGGCCAGCAGCUGCAGGAUAUCCCAGAUGAGAGCCCUGGCGGCCAGCAGCUGCUGGAUAUCCCAGAUGAGAGCCCUGGCGGCCAGCAGCUGCUGGAUAUCCCAGAUGAGAGCCCUGGCGGCCAGCAACUGCUGGAUAUCCCAGAUGAGAGCCCUGGCGGCCAGCAGCUGCAGGAUAUCCCAGAUGAGAGCCCUCGCGGCCAGCAGCUGCAGGAUAUCCCAGAUGAGAGCCCUGGCGCCCAGCAGCUGCUGGAUAUCCCAGAUGAGAGCCCUGGCGGCCAGCAGCUGCAGGAUAUCCCAGAUGAGAGCCCUGGCGGCCAGCAGCUGCAGGAUAUCCCAGAUGAGAGCCCUGGCGGCCAGCAGCUGCAGGAUAUCCCAGAUGAGAGCCCUGGCGGCCAGCAGCUGCUGGAUAUCCCAGAUGAGAGCCCUGGCGGCCAGCAGCUGCAGGAUAUCCCAGAUGAGAGCCCUCGCGGCCAGCAGCUGCUGGAUAUCCCAGAUGAGAGCCCUGGCGGCCAGCAGCUGCUGGAUAUCCCAGAUGAGAGCCCUGGCGGCCAGCAGCUGCAGGAUAUCCCAGAUGAGAGCCAUUGUGGCCAGCAGCUGCAGGAUAUCCCAGAUGAGAGCCCUGGCGCCCAGCAGCUGCAGGAUAUCCCAGAUGAGAGCCCUGGCGCCCAGCAGCUGCAGGAUAUCCCAGAUGAGAGCCCUGGCGGCCAGCAGCUGCUGGAUAUCCCAGAUGAGAGCCCUGGCGGCCAGCAGCUGCAGGAUAUCCCAGAUGAGAGCCCUUGUGGCCAGCAGCUGCAGGAUAUCCCAGAUGAGAGCCCUGGCGCCCAGCAGCUGGUAUAAUAGUGUCCUUCUCACUGAAGGACACGAAACACAAACCAAAGGUUAAUGGUAGAGUUUAAAUAAUAUAGUGACAGUGCGUAAUAUUUUUGUGAAAACCUUUUUGGAAUAAUAUAAGAACAAAUCCACAAGGGCCGUGACGAGGAUUCGAACCUACAUCUGAGGUUUGAUUAAGGCAGCGUCUAGGAUGCUCUGGGUCGUAGGUUCGAAUCCUCAUCACGGCCCUUGUGGAUUUGUUCAUUUGAUGCAUCACGCAAUUGUGAUUUCUGUGUGUAAUAAUAUAAGAUUCUUUCCUGGAAUAAAUAUAUUAUAAGACUGUGUAACUAGAUAUAAUAUAGGAGUGAUUCUGAGCUUUCUAGAUGCACUUAAGUAGGAAAUCUUACAAUAAUAUUCAUGCAAUAAAGCGCCGUCUCCAGGACCUGGCGUCUGUGUGUUUCCAGAGGCUAAAGUUCGUAUUACUUAGUGGGUCUUUGUCUGUGCUUCAGUGCUCUCCAGGUAUUACUUAGUGGGUCUUUGUCUGUGCUUCAGUGCUCUCCAGGUAUUACUUAGUGGGUCUUUGUCUGUGCUUCAGUGCUCUCCAGGUAUUACUUAGUGGGUCUUUGUCUGUGCUUCAGUGCUCUCCAGGUAUUUAUAUUAUGCCAUCAUAUAUUUCCUUUUACUAAUUUGGGUAAAAGUGUAUUAAAUAUAAGCAGGACAUAUCUAUAGUUGAAGGAUUAUGUAUAGAUACAAGAAUUUUGUUCUGUAUUGUUAGUCAUUCUCUUGUACAAAUGUCCUGUUGUUUAUACAGAUCAAAUAAUAUUCAGUUCAUAAAAUAUACAAAUAAAGCAUUUGCAGUAAUAUAAGGCAGCUUAUAUCAGAGAAUACCGACAGUCUGGUGAUAAGGCUCGGCAAUAAUAUGUUGGAGAUAAGCAACAAGACAAGCUGCUGGUGGGGAAGAGUCCAGUACUAACACUGACUCAGGCGCAGGGAACACGUCUUCACCUAGCAGUAGGCGGAGGUAAAGUUCCUACAGGUCUCUACAUCUCUCUACCUUUACCUGUAGUCUCUACAGGUAAAGGUGUGAAGGACGGGGAGACAAAGACAACUGCAAAGUUUAACUAAUGAGAGUGUAAAGGUUAUACCCUAGCUCCUAAUAGCCCAUAUUAAGAACACCAGCCACAGAGAGUGGGAGCUACUCUAUAAUAGUAGCAAUAUGAGCUCUUGCUCGCAACAGUAAACCUGAGAGUUCCGGGACUUUAAAAGCUGGAAUAUUUGAUCGUACAGUGUACACACAUCACAGAUGUAGUGUACCGUGUACACACAUCACAGAUGUAGUGUACAGUGUACACACAUCACAGAUGUAGUGUACAGUGUACACACAUCACAGGUGUAGUGUACAGUGUACACACAUCACAGAUGUAGUGUGGCUUAACAACUUGACCCAAGUUCGUGUUGGUAAGUUUGGAAAAGUUGUUUAACAAAUUAUAUAAAGCGGUAAUUAUUACUGGUGCCACGUGCUCUGAAGGAGUGAGGUCACCAAGCAAGCAGGUCAGUGUCUUUAGAAAUUUAUUGUGAUGUGGAGGUGACAGACAGCAGUACUGACUUAAGAUGAGGUGAGAAUGAUGUGGAGGUGACAGACAGCAGUACUGACUUAAGAUGAGGUGAGAAUGAUGUGGAGGUGACAGACAGCAGUACUGACUUAAGGUGAGGUGAGAAUGAUGUGGAGGUGACAGACAGCAGUACUGACUUAAGGUGAGGUGAGAAUGAUGUGGAGGUGACAGACAGCAGUACUGACUUAAGAUGAGGUGAGAAUGAUGUGGAGGUGACAGACAGCAGUACUGACUUAAGAUGAGGUGAGAAUUAAUCUUCAGUCCUGCAGCAUCUGGUCCAGCAAAUUGCGAACUUGUGCAUGUACUGAACAACUAAAGUUGUUUAUCUGUAAUUCUGUUUUUCAUCAACUGUUAUGUGUUUGUACUUGUGUUGACAACAAAGAACAUGUUAUGUGUACAAAAAACACAUUGCAUGGACGAUUGAUUGAUGAAUAUUAAGCCACACAAGAGGUGGCACGGGCAUGCAUAGAGAUAUAUAUACAAGAGUUGUUACAUU